GGGUCCGACCAGAGAGGACGGGCAGGGACGGGUGGAUGUGUAUAGCGAGACUCCCCUCGCCGCGACCGACCCCAGCGGAUGGAGGAGGGUCCGGGUCCCCAACCUGCAUCUUAGCCUCGGGAGUACGCGCAGUCUCCCUGCAGAGACAACCUCGGAGGCAAGCGAAAAGGGCACGGCGUUUUGUUUUCCGAGCUAGGAGGAUCUGCCUCUGGGACCGGGAAGAGGCAGUCUGUCUGCUGCGUGCCCCGCCUGGGCUCUCCUGUCCUCGGUUUUCACCCCAGGGGAUAGCGGACAAAAAGCCCCUGGGCUGAUGCUUUUGUUCCUCAGUUGUUUACAUUUGCUUUCCUUCUGGUGAGGGCUUUUUUUGUUUGUUUGUUUGCUUUUUGUACUGAGUUUUUGGAGACCAUAAAAUGUAAACUGAGGAAGACCCGCGAGGUUAUCAAGCUCCACGUGUUGUUGCCUUUUUUUUUUUUCCUUACGGGGACAAGUUCACUAAGGUUCCUGAAUGUUUGCAGAUCUUUUGCUCACCCCCAAACCCGCCACCAAAGAUGGUGGUGGUUAGUGUUCAAAACCUAGUGAAUAAAGUGAUUUGGAUGCAUUAGGAAAAGAUUGCACACACUUAAUUCUUUUCCUUGCAGUUUCUGAACUUUCUGAUUUCAGACAUCAGGUGGAUUUUUCGGUUGUGCAAGGAUAGGUCUCCUAAAACAUCUUGGACAAAAAGAACAGUCCUGCAGACAGACCCUGUGUGGAUCAAGUGAGCCAGUUCUUUGAACCUGAACACUGACUCCUGAGUCCAGGCAGACUGCAGAUUUGUCUCCCCAGUCCACCCAGGAGAUGGAAGGCGUAGUGAUAGUGAAAGUGGAGGAGGAAGACGAAGAUGAGGAAGACCAUUUCCAAAGGGAAAGAAAUAACAUAGAAUUAUCCCCACCAUUUCUUCUUAGUCCACAACCACGAAUGAGAGAGCCCUGUUAUCAUCCUAUUUGGUUGCAUAUCGAGUAGCAAAAGAAAAACUGGCUCACACAGCUGCUGAAAAAAUUAUUCUUCCAGCCUGUAUGGAUAUGGUACGGACAAUUUUUGAUGAUAAAUCAGCUGAUAAAUUAAGAACUAUACCUCUUAGUGACAAUACGAUAUCUCGUCGAAUCUGUACGAUUGCAAAGCAUUUAGAGGAGAUGCUUAUUGCACGGUUGCAGUCUGGGAUAGAUUUUGCAAUCCAACUUGACCAGAGCACUGAUAUUGCAAGUUGUCCAACACUCUUGGUUUAUGUCAGGUAUGUGUGGCAAGAUGAUUUUAUAGAGGAUCUGUUGUGCUGUUUAAGUUUACAUUCACACACAACUGGAUUAGAUAUAUUUACUGAAUUAGAAAAGUGUAUUGUUGGUCAGUAUAAAUUAAAUUGGAAAAACUGUAAAGGAAUUUCGAGUGAUGGAGCAGCAAAUAUGACUGGGAAACAUAGCAGGGUUAUUGAAAAAUUGUUAGAAGUAACACAUAACAGUGCCCUUUGGCAUCAUUGUUUUAUUCAUCGAGAAGCUUUGGUAUCCAAAGAAAUUCCACCAAGUCUAAUGGUUGUGUUGAAAAAUGCAGUCAAAAUUGUUAAUUUUAUUAAAGGAAGCUCAUCAAAUGGCCAACUUCUUGAAAUACUUUGUUCAGAGAUUGGAGUUAACCAUACUCACUUACUGUUUCAUACAGAAGUUCGUUGGUUGUCUCAAGGAAAAGUAUUGAGCAGAGUAUAUGAACUCAGGAAUGAGAUUUACAUUUUUCUCAUUGAAAAGCAAUCACAUUUGGCAAAUAUUUUUGAAGAUGACAUUUGGGUAACAAAAUUGGCAUAUUUAAGUGAUGUUUUUGGCAUUCUUAAUGAAUUAAAUUUGAAAGUACAGGGGAAAACCAAUGUGUUUCAAUAUCUUGAACAUAUUCUAGGAUUCCAAAAGACAUUAUUGUUGUGGCAAGCAAGAUUUAAAAGUAAUCGCCCUAGCUACUAUAUGUUCCCAACUUUGUUGCAACACAUUGAAGAGAAUAUUAUUAAUGAAGACCACCUAAAAGAAAUAAAAUCAGAGAUACUAAUACAUCUCACUUCUUUGUCUCAAACCUUUCAUCAUUACUUUCCAGAAGAGAAAUUUGAAUCAUUAAAGGAAAAUAUAUGGAUAAAAGAUCCAUUUGUCUUUCAAACCCCUGAAUCAAUCAUUGAGUUAAACUUAGAGCCCGAAGAAGAGAAUGAAUUAUCACAGCUCAGUUCAUCAUUCACACUAAGGAAUUACUAUAAGACAUUAAGUUUAUCAGCAUUUUGGAUUAAGAUUAAAGAUGAAUUUCCAUUGCUGAGUAGAAAGAGCAUACUGCUGUUACUACCAUUCACAUCUACCUAUUUGUGUGAACUAGGAUUUUCCAUCUUGACACGGUUGAAAACCAAGAAAAGAAAUAGGCUCAAUAGUGCACCUGACAUGCGUGUAGCCUUAUCCUCCUGUGUUCCUGACUGGAAUGAGCUUAUGAACAGGCAAGCACACCCCUCACAUUAAAUCUAAUCUCUAUGAAAUUUGUUUUUGGACUUUUUAAGGUUUUUUUUUAGUAGGUUGUAUUUAAAUAUUAAUAAAAUUAUAUUUGGACUUUA